AUGUCGUCGAAACAAAUUAACAUAUUCUUGACUGGCGUUACCGGUUACAUUGGAGGUUCCCUUUUGGUUAAUCUUCUUCAACAUCCAAAUGCCUUGAACUUCAAAAUAACCGCUCUGAUUCGCGGUGAUGAAAGUAGAGUGAAAAAACUUGCGUCACUCGGAGUUACUCCUCUGAUCGGGUCGAACGAUUCACACGAUAUUAUCGAAAAAGCAGCAAGUGAAUCACAUGUCGUUAUUCAUCUGUCCAAUUCGGCUGAUGAUCUUCCGUCAGUUAAAUCGAUUCUUAGUGGUUUGAACAAACGAACUCAGAUAACAGAAAAACCAGUUAUUUUGAUCCAUACUAGUGGUACUGGUGUUCUUGCUGAAGAUGUUCGUGGUAAAAAAGGAUCGAAUAAAGUCUAUAGUGAUCUUGAUCCUGAUCAGAUCAACAGUUUACCCGACGAACGGAUACAUCGGAAUGUCGAUCUCUUAAUAAUCGACGCAGCUAAAGCCAAUCCUCAACUGAAGAGUGUCAUCGUCCUUCCACCCGUCAUUCAUGGCAUUGGUACUGGGCCGUUCAGUCGCGAUACCAUGGUACCUUCGUUACUGAUCCGCACCGCCAUCAAACAAGGCAAAGUACAAAUGAUUGGACCAGGUGAAUCAGCAUGGAACAGUGUUCAUAUUGCCGAUUUAAUCGAUGCAUACAUUAUUCUUCUCGAUCAACUUCUCGCUGUCUAUGGACCUGAUGCCAAACCUAAUGCGAAGUCCUCUCCAUAUUUGACUACAGGACGUGAAGCUUACUAUUUUACUGACGACGGACUCUAUUCGGGACGAGAAGUCUUUGAAAAAAUUGGUGUAGUUCUUCACAAAAAGGGUGUUCUCAAAUCAUCCGAAGUCACUAGCUAUACUGAUGAUGAAGUAAAAAGUAAUCCAUUUGGUCCAUUUAGUUGGUUUGUGGCAAGUUAUUCGAAUUCCAAGUCUGAAAGAUUACGUAAAAUGGGAUGGAAACCACAUCGACCUAGUCUGCUCGACAGUCUUGAAGAAGAGGUGGAUGCUCUGAAGAAUGAUACGAAGAAUUGA